AUGGGCUGGCCGGAAGUGCUCCGGAAACUCGGUUACCGUAAGCCGGAGAUAACUGAAGAUGGAGACCUAUAUCUGCCUAACUCCGACCGAGUUGUUCUCAACAGGAUUCGGUACAACAAACACCAAAAGAUAAUAACGAGACCCGCAAUGAGAAUGCGACAGCCUAGAGCCAUUAUAGCUUUAACGCAAUACAGCCAUCUGACUGAUGCACAAAAGAAAGAAAUCAGGCGGAUCGCCGCAGAUAUCCAGAAACGCCAAUCGAAUCACGAUAUGCGUCUGGGAGUGAAAAGCAAUAAGCACUAUCGCUAUAUCGCGCGUAAGAACAAGAUUUUUAUUUAA